CUCAUACUCAUCAUAGCCUAUAAAUACAAACCAUAAUUAAUCUCUCCUGGCAUUAAAAAAAAACAACUACAUUACUACAACUACAACAACAACAAAAUUCGAAAUUUAUCAAAGACAAUGAGGCCAACUACGUUUCUUCUUGCCAUCGCCACCAUCGCAAUCAUCUUGUCCGGCGCCGGAGCAAUCACCGGCGGAUGGCAGCCGAUAGAGAAUGUAAACAAUGAACAUGUCAGGGAGAUUGCUCAGUUUGCAGUGAUGGCUCAAGACAUGAGCUUCAAAGGUUUCCCGUUGAGGCUCGUGAGUGUGGUGAGAGGUUUUCACCAAUAUGUUGCCGGCAUAAACUACAAGCUGAUUGUGUCGGCGGCCACAAUCGGCGGCGAGGGCACGAGGGCAAAGUAUUACGAGGCAAUUGUUUACGAGAAUCUUUCCAAUGUAAAGGAAUUGGUAUCUUUCAGGCCGUUGCUUACAGUUUAGAGUUGUUCGCGAUUUAGAUUUAAGAGUUGUCGUGAAAAUAAGUAGUCUUUUGAUUGUUAGUUUGUCAAAUAAAAAGAUUUGAAUAAUAAUAAUAGAGAUCGUUUAGCUUAUGAAAAUGUUUGAGUUUGUCUUUGCAAUUAACUUCAUAUUGUUUGUGUUUGAUGUUAAUUAUACUCAACAAACUGAGAUACCCUAAGUGAUGACACCAUGAGUUAUGUUCUUGGCUUGCAAGUAGUGCAAGACUUUUGUUAGUCUUCUCUUUGGCCCAAAUCAAGACUUAGAGUUCCCUUUCGAUCACUACCCAAUAAUCAUAAGCUGUAGCUGAUUUGAUAUGAGCUGGGUUCGAGGGGGCUCGAACUCGCUUAACAAUCAGAAUACACGCAACACUCCGUUUUUGGGGGUUUUCUAGGGUUUUCUUCAAGAACGCUAAAAAAGUAAAGAUAACGUGGAAAUCGGUCAUCGAACGAUCCCGAACCUGUGGGAAAGGCCAAUCGGUAUAGUCGUCGCUCGUCACGACCAGAUGUGAUCGUCUGAUUGAUAUAUAAGAGCCUUGUACAAUCAUUUGGAAUCCUCGACGGAGAGUUUGCACAGCCGUUCAAACUUGAACUAAAAAAUCUUUCGAUUUAUUUGAUAGAUAAAACUUGGUUGAUUCCCGCAUACCAUAGACCUCAUCUCCUUAUAUAGGAGUAGCAAAAUAACCCUAAAAACUCAUGAAAACGACACUUGAGAACACUAAUUAACAGCGUCAAACAGCCCGAUCCCAUCCCUCGCCAUCUGAACUCCCCGAUCGGGGGGUUUUGGUUUCAUGACCGGGGGGCCGUCUUGACGUGAUCUCCAGUCGGGGAUUGCCCUCUGCUGGCCGAAGAUGUGAGUUCUUCCUCCCAAUUUGGCCUACGACCAUGUUUCGACCCUCGAACAGCUCCAGCUCCUCCGUCGAUAAGCUCUUGGGAAAUUAGACCUUUCUCUUUGUCUUCCCGAGACUCUAGAGCUUUCAUCUUCAGACCACGAUCGUUGUAUUUUCUUCGAACUCGAGAGACGUCAUGUGGAGUGAUCCGAGUUGCAUCAUGAUUUCUCUCUCAAAUAAGUAUGUGGGUUCUCUGUGAGAGACUUAAGUUGAAAGCCAUGAGAGAUUAUCAUCCCACUAAACCUUGAAAUAUAGAUAAAAUUUCACGUCAAAAUUCAUAGCAAAGUUGAUAAAUAGAGUCACCCUCAUUCAUAUUCACGACUUUGCCACUGUUCUACGCAUUCUUUCUCUCCUCCCCUCCUCUUUUAACGUUAUUUUCCCAUCUGAUUUGAUAAAACGUUUGGGUUUCAGCACCUUUUACUUCUUACAAGGCUCCAACCCGAAAUUUCUGCUACUUAACUUGGUUCUCAACGAGAAUCAGAUCUUUCUCUGAAAACUAGUAACAAAGCUAGCUAGCUAGGGAAACCUUGACCAACGAAAAUGGUGGAAUCUCAUCUUUGGUCAGAAAAGGCAAAGAACAAAAUGGAAGGUUGUUAUGCGCGGUUGAUCGACUGCCCUUAAUUCUGCACAUUUCCAUCUUAUAAAAUUGGUUGCAAAAUCCACAAUCAUUUAUAUUCUGUACAAAAGAGAGUAAUCUUUGAAGAGAAUAAAGGAGCAUUAUGGGUCAUAUACCAAGAAAGUUUUCACUUUGAACGGUUGUAACGAUCUGAGACCCUACCAGCUAUCCUUUCUAAUUAGUUGAUAAAUUAUUCAAGCAAGUUAUGGGGUAGAUCCAAGACAUGGCCAUGGCGAGCGGCAACAAGGCUGGGUUUCAUCAAACAAACUCUGGAAGAUAAUCCGCUGAUCAAGAUCCAGCACAUUGGUAGAAUGAACAACUCCAAAGCUAGUUGGGUUGCUAGAUCAUGUGCAAAAAAUCAAUUGCCAUCACAAUGGCUUCAGAUUCUUGAUGUGGUUGCUCCCCUUUUGUCAUGUUUGGCUUUUGCUUUCAAUCAAUGGAAAUUCGAUGU